UCCAAUAUGGCGACACCCACUUUGGCCAGAAAUGCGGUUUAAAAAGCACAUACUGAUAGUAAAUGGCGCCAUGAUGCUCACUCAUAUGUAUAUAUGCACAUCUCGACCAAAAGAAAAAACUUAAAAAGUGCAGGACGGGAGAAAUGGCGCUCACAGUAUAUACAUUACGAGUUCGUAGAGACUACAAUUCCCGACAUGCCCUAUAAACAGGAAGCGACUGUUUAAUUUCGGUGAUUAGCAACUUUACGUAAAAUUGAUCUUUCAUGGAAACUAAACCUAUAAGGUUUGUGCAGCUGCUGCUUGGAAAAGGUGCGGAAGAGAUGCUGUGUGCUCCUCAACAUGCGUCCCACUGAACCAGGGCUGAGAGAUGGACGCAGUCGCAAGACCAACAAACCCAAACCCACACGGGGAACUGUGAAGCAGUGUCCCGACACUCCUGAAUCCUGCAGCGAGAGCAAAAAAUCCAAGAAAGUAGAAGCAUCUCACAAGAAGCCCGUUCGAACCGUUCCAGCUGCUGCCGGUGAAAAGAAUGCUUGUGCAUCUAAACAUGGAAAAAGCAGAGAGAUGACUUCCAAUAUACAAGCAGCUCCUCAAGAAGUAUUUAAGUUUUCAAAUCAAGACAAUCAUCUGUCCAAGCAACGUCCUGAGAUGGCAGCAGCGUCGGAGGAUAACAGUGAGGAAGAUUUGUACAGGGGAGCAGAUGAAAUAGAACUGGAAAGACAGGAGAAGCAGCUUUCCAAUGCAGCUUCACUGCCUAUUUCCGAAGACCUGAGCAGUGUGUCAGCUCCUGAGGGUCUGCUCUCCUAUAGUCAGAGAGAAUGGAAAGGAAACACCACGAAAAGUAACCUUAUCAGAAAGGGCUAUGAAGCAAUAGCUCAAAACUUUGAGAGUCUGCGCAUAGUACGUGGCGACAACUACUGUGCACUGAGGGCAACCCUGUUUCAGCUCCUCAACCAGUCUAACAAAGUCUGUACCUGGCUGCAAGAUGCUGAAAUUGCUCAGAUGUCGUGUGUGCAAGAUUUAGUGGAAGAAUGGCUGUUUCCUUUUGGGCGCAGCGGUGAAGGCAGCGCAGUAGAACAGUUGGAACACUGUCUGUUGCUCCUGAAACUGAGGUGGCAGGAGGCGGUGCAGUGCGAGAGUCCAACGGAGCGGGAGCGUUUCUGCCAGCAACUAUUUGUGGGGGGACAUGACGAAUAUGAGCUGCUGGAGGCCCUGAAAUUCUUGAUGCUGAAGACGGUCAUUCAGCUGCACUCUGACAUGCAGAAGGGAUUCAGUGUACCUGAGUUCUGCUGGUUGCUUUUUGCCCGGGACACCUCUAAUUGUCCCAGGAGCUUCCUCAUUAAUCACCUCAGACAUGUGGGUUUCAGCGGUGGUCUGGAACAGGUGGAGAUGUUUCUGCUCGGCUACUCCCUCCAGCAUACGCUUCAAGCCUUUCGUCUUUACAAGACAGGCACUGAAGAGUUUAUCACCUACUACCCAGAUGACCACAGAACAGAGUGGCCUUGCCUUAGCCUGCUCACGGAAGACGAUCGACACUAUAACGUGCCAGUGCCUAAACAGUCCACACAACAACAGUCAACAAAACACGACAAGCCAUUCAAGCCCAAAUGGAAUUUACCUUCAAGUGGACCAAGAAACAACACAUUUCUGUAGCGAAAAUCUGCAAUAGCAGCCAAUGCAAUAUGAUAUUAGUGUACAUAAUUGGGAUAACGGUACAAUGAGUGCAAUCGACGUAUUUCACGAUCAAUGACUGCAGUCAGGGAAAGGUUGACUACGAGUAGCGAUGUUUUAAUGAUAUUAAUAAGAGAAACUUUAUCAUCUUUGUACUAUACUACUCAAUUCGAAACAUUUCAAGCUGGCUUUCUCACUCAUCAGCAGUCAGGGAUGUAAUUAAGACAAAACCAUGCUAACGUAGCUCGCCGAUACAAUUCAGUUUUUUUUUCCUAUCAGCUAGCUAACGUUAUACAAAACGAGCCUGUGCAUGCGAGCGAGCCGUUAGCAGAGCCGAAUAAAAUGUCGAGUGACGGCCGUGAUUUAUACUAAUCCAGUUCACAGCAUUUCAAUUGGGAUUUUUUCCGUUCACACCUUUCAAUUGACGGUUAUUCCGUUAGUUGAUGAAGAGACUAAAUCGAUUGUGUUUCUAUCAGGAACUUAAUUAUCCCAAUCAUAACUGAGAACCGAAUGCUGGAAUUCAGAAAACAUAAAGUGCACUGUUGCUGUUUCUCCUGUCAGUAGCUCAUGUGAAAGAGCACUGCGGUAUCUGUACUGUUGUCUGUGGGGGCCAAAAAGACUAGUACUUAUGAACUACUAAAACUGAGGUAUUAACUGGGAGUGUGCAUGCAUAAAGGUUUUUAUAUUAAGCAGUAGCUUAUAAACUAAUCCAACUCACCCUCUGUUAAUUCUCUACCCAUCUGCUUGGCACCCCUUCACCAAACGUACUUAUUUAAUCCCUGUAUAUAUAUUUGCUACAUUUUCUACUUUAUGCAAGUGAUUUGUGAAUGUUUUUGCAUUCACAACCGUCAUUUUCUUCUGCUUUGUUUAUAUAAUUCAUUGCAGUAAUGCAAUAAACAACAGUUUAUUAGACACAGGUUUCAGCUUUAAAUUAAUUAUUACACACAAUUCCUGGAUUGUUGUGCGUGUACCUAAACAAUUUACUUAAUUUUAUUGAAAUUAGAAUUGGGAAGUGCAAUUUUGGAUCAUUGCUUGUAUAUGGGGUUUUUUUUUUCAUGAAAUGAAACAGCAGGAAAUUUCAUAAUGAUUUUCUUUUUAAAUAUAAAGUAUGUUUAUUUCAUGAACUAUU